AUGCCUAUGCAGAAUAUAAUUAUUGCAGAAUUUUGCUCUGAAAUUCCUAUUGCGAAUGGACAAACAACGGUGUUGCAAUUGAUGGAUGUUUCAUCUGGGCCACAUUCCAUCUUCGAGACAACUUUCCGACAGCGGUUUUCGCUUCCAAUAGACACUACCUGUGACCACAUUCAUACUCAUGAUAGCGGUGAAGUCACCCCAAGCAUCGCCAGCGAUGCGGUUCUAACCUCCAAAGUCCAUCAAUGUACCCCACCCACUACAAAGGGCAGUACAGUAAUGACCCGUAGUGAUAAUUUGUCUCAUGGCGAGGAUCGUAUGACGUACGUGACUUCCUGUGCCAAUUUAGCAGAAGAUACUAGCCACGUCGAUGAUGUUCUUUCGAAUAAUGCACCCCUCUCAACAGAAUAUGCUGUGGAGCGUUCUGUAUAUCUGAAGCGCUUUGUGCGCAGAACAUCGACAUUAACAUACGGAUGGUUCGAGACCACUGGUCCACAGCCUAUUGAUACCCCUCCUAACUUUUCAUCUUUUGACGAUAUACAACUCGGUGACCUGUUUCUCCACCGCACCGAUCAGAAAGUGGUUUGCUGGAUCCGCGAGUAUUCCCCCAGUGGUGCCAGUGUGGAGAACGAUCUUGCCGGGAGAUAA